CACGUGACAGGAGGGAGCUCGGACCAGGCACACAAUCUCCUCACCCGCUCACUCGGCCACUGGUUGCAAACUGGGGGCCCUUCUAACGAACUUUUUCUCCGCCACUGCGAGACCUCGUCUUGACGAUAAUCCAGCCAUCGACAAACGACCCAACGGACACGUUCCCCAGUCAAGACAUCUCGUCAACCGAAACAAGACAUUCAAGUCAAAUUUCCGACAAAAAUCAAUCAAGAUGGUUCUCGCUGUCGAUCUCCUGAACCCCAGCCCUGCGGCCGAGGCCAAGAAGCACAAGCUCAAGACCCUUGUGCCUGCCCCCCGCUCCUUCUUCAUGGACGUGAAGUGCCCUGGUUGCUUCACCAUCACCACUGUCUUCUCCCACGCCCAGACCGUCGUCAUCUGCCAGGGCUGCACCACUGUCCUCUGCCAACCUACCGGUGGUAAGGCACGACUCACAGAGGGCUGCUCUUUCCGAAGGAAGUAGUGGCGUGCGUGCUGAGAUGACGUCGGGCUUCCCUUUCCUUACGGCUGGUUUACGACAAUGAAUUACGAUGGCACAUCGGAUAUCUGCAAGACAAGACCCUCUCAACAUGGGCGUUUAGACAAAUAAUUCGGCGGCCGACCUUGUGUUGCGGGUAGAAGAUGGAACAUCCAAAUUCACCUCAUCGAAAAAUGGAGGGGGCGUUUGGGGUCCGGAUAUCUGCAUCAUCAUCAACAAUCGACUUUUUCAGUUAAAGAAUCAAGACACGAAAAAGCCCCUCUGUGGUCGUCGUGGUCGUCGUGGUCGUCUCCUUGCGCUUGUCGUGUCACGAGUACGUUUUGAUUGCAGAAGAUAUGCUGCAUCGACCGAGGUGGAUAGCCGGAAAUGGGCAUUUUCACGAGCGUUUAGAUCUGUCUGCAAAUCUGUGUGUGACGAGGUUGGUCGGCAGACUGGCUAGACGUGAUGACGUGGAUCGCUAAUUGAGGAUCGCUAUACCCGUACCUUGGGGCAGAGUUGGAGGACUCGAGGUGCUUCGCGAUUGCAAUUUAUUGAGAUUCAC